AUGACUGGCCAGGUCCUCUCCAGUGGUAACGUGACGGACACUUUUGAGGCCAGCAACGGUGUAAAGCAGGGCUGUGUCUUAGCCACGAUCCUAUUCAACGUCUUCUUCGCCUGCAUGUUGUCCCAAGGUCUCCAGGAUCUGGAGCAGGGAGUCUACAUUCACGACUGUUUGGACGGCUACUUUUUCGACGUUUGUCACCUCACUGCCACGACAAAGAGCCCCCAAGAUCUCCUCCAGGAAGUCCUCUUUGCUGGUGACUGUACACUAGUGGCACAUGAAGAGUCUGAUCUACAGCUGAUGCUGGACAACUUCUCUGACGCCUCCAAAUUCUUCGGUCUGAAAGUCAGCCUCGGCAAGACUGAGGUGCUUCAUCAGCCCACACCAAACACAAACACCUCAGCAUCGACCAUCGUCAUCAAUAACACACAGCUUGCCAAUAUUGAGCAUUUCAAAUACCUGGAAAGUAUCAUCUCUCAUGACAGCUCUUUGGACAAAGAAAUUGAUAGUGAUAGUGAGCAACAGAGUGCUCAGUCAACACAACAAUUCGGCUGA